AUGUCCGAAGUGGGUCCGCACGGCAACGCCGGUGCCAAUGGCGCCGACGCGUACAUCGCCACCAACCACACCAACACCGCCGCCACCUCGGCCGCGCCCAGCGCCGACGAGGCCAGCAGCGACCACGAACACGAGAAACACCACGUCGACGUCGCAGAUGCAGAGACCCAGUUCAAGCAGCUCGAGCGUCAGCUCUCCACACACCACCCCAAGGAUGCCGACGUCGAAAAGUACGAGCCUUUCGACCUGCGCGAGUGGCUCGCCGGAACCCAGCAGCAGACCGACGGCAUGGGCCUCAAGCGCAAGAAGCUCGGCGUCUCCUGGCAGGACGUCCGCGUGAUCGGCACCGCCACGCUCGACCUCAACGUUCCCACCAUCCCCUCCAUGGCGCUCUUCGAAGUCAUCGGCCCCAUCUUUGGCAUCCUCAAGCUCUUCGGCUUCGACCCCACCAAGAACAAGACGCGCGACCUCCUCCAGGGAUUCACCGGUUCCGCAAAGCCGCGCGAGAUGGUCCUCGUCAUCGGUCGUCCUGGCUCCGGAUGCUCCACCUUCCUCAAGACCAUCGCCAACAAGCGCUCCGGAUUCAUCGAAACCAAGGGCGACGUCCACUACGGCGGCAUCGACGCGAACCAGAUGGCCAAGCGAUACCUCGGCGAGGUCGUCUACUCGGAAGAGGACGACCAGCACCACGCCACCCUCACCGUCGCACGCACCAUCGACUUUGCCCUCCGUCUCAAGGCGCACGCAAAGAUGCUCCCCGACCACACCAAAAAGACCUACCGCAAGCUCAUCCGCGACACCUUGCUCAAGAUGGUCAACAUCGCCCACACCAAGCACACCCUCGUCGGCAGCGCCACCGUCCGCGGCGUGUCCGGAGGUGAGCGCAAGCGCGUCUCCAUCCUCGAGUCGCUCGCCUCGGGCGCCAGCGUCUUUUCCUGGGACAACUCGACGCGCGGUCUCGAUGCUUCCACCGCCCUCGACUAUGUCAAGAGCAUGCGCAUCCUCACCGACCUCCUCGAGGCCACCAUGUUUGUCUCGCUCUACCAGGCCUCCGAGGGCAUCUGGGAGCAGUUUGACAAGGUGCUCGUCAUCGACGAAGGUCGCUGCGUCUACUUUGGUCCCCGCACCGAGGCGCGCCAGUACUUCAUCAACCUCGGCUUUGCGGAUCGUCCGCGCCAGACCUCGGCCGACUACAUCACCGGCUGCACCGACAAGUACGAGCGCAUCUUCCAGGACGGCCGCGACGAGAACAACGUGCCCAGCACCCCCGAGAAGCUCGAAGAGGCCUACCGCAACAGCAAGUUCUACACCCAGGCCCUCGAGGACAAGAAGGCCUUUGACGCCGUCGCCACCGCCGACGCACAGGCCACCACCGACUUCAAGCAGGCCGUCGUCGACGCCAAGCACCGCGGCGUGCGCUCCAAGUCGCAGUACACCGUCUCGUUUGGCGCACAGGUGCACGCGCUCUGGCUCCGUCAGAUGCAGAUGACCCUGGGCGACAAGUUUGACAUCUUUAUGAGCUACGUCACCGCCACCGUCGUCGCCCUGCUCGCAGGCGGCAUCUUCUACAACCUCCCCACCACCUCGGCCGGCGUCUUCACCCGCGGCGGAUGCCUCUUCAUGCUGCUCCUCUUCAACUCGCUCUCGGCCUUCGCAGAGCUGCCCACCCAGAUGAUGGGCCGUCCCAUCCUGGCGCGUCAGACCAGCUUUGCCUUCUAUCGUCCCUCGGCACUCACCCUCGCCCAACUGCUUGCGGAUCUGCCGUUCGGUGUGCCGCGCGCUACCAUCUUUGUCAUCAUCCUCUACUUUAUGGCCGGUCUGGAGCGAUCUGCCAGCGCAUUCUUCAUCGCCUGGUUCGUCGUCAUUGUCUCGUACUACUCCUUCCGCGCGCUCUUCAGUUUCUUCGGCUCCAUCACCACCAACUUCUACUCGGCCGCACGUCUGGCUGCCAUCGUCAUGUCCAUGCUCGUGCUCUGGGCAGGCUACGUGAUCCCACAGGCGGCCAUGCGCAGGUGGCUCUUCUGGAUCUCGUACAUCAACCCGGUCUUCUACGCCUUCGAGGCGCUCAUGGUCAACGAGUUCAAGCGAAUCACCUUCACCUGCGAGGGCGCUCAGAUCAUCCCCUCGGGCCCCGGAUACCCGACGCAGCUCACCGACAACCAGAUUUGCACGCUCGCUGGCGCCACUCCGGGCACCAAUCAAAUCCCGGGCGGCGCCUACCUUGCUGCCAGCUUCGGCUACCUCGAGAGCCACCUGUGGCGCAACAUCGGUAUCCUGAUCGCAUUCCUCUUCGGAUUCGUCGCCAUCACCGCGCUCGUGGUCGAGUCGAUGGACCAGGGCGCCUUCGCCUCGGCCAUGGUCGUCAAGAAGCCGCCUAGCAACGAAGAGAAGGAGCUCAACAAGAAGCUGCUUGACCGUCGUUCGGGUGCCAGCGAAAAGACCGAGGCCAAGCUCGAGGUGUACGGCAAGCCGUUCACCUGGAGCAACCUCGAGUACACUGUGCCCGUUCAGGGCGGCCACCGCAAGCUGCUCGACAGCGUUUACGGAUACGUCAAGCCCGGAACCAUGACUGCACUCAUGGGCAGUUCCGGUGCGGGCAAGACGACGCUCCUCGACGUUCUCGCCGACCGCAAGACGAUCGGCGUGAUCAAGGGCGAGCGUCUGAUCGAGGGCAAGCCGAUCGACGUGUCGUUCCAGCGCCAGUGUGGCUACGCCGAGCAGCAGGACAUCCACGAGCCCAUGUGCAGCGUGCGCGAGGCUCUGCGCUUCUCGGCCUACCUGCGCCAGAGCCACGACAUUCCGCAGGCGGAGAAGGACCAGUACGUGGAGGACAUUAUCGAGCUGCUCGAGCUGCAGGACCUGGCGGAGGCCAUCAUUGGCUACCCUGGUUUCGGUCUUGGCGUCGGCGACCGCAAGCGUGUCACGAUCGGUGUGGAGCUGGCGGCCAAGCCUUCGAUGCUGCUCUUCCUCGACGAACCUACUUCGGGUCUUGACGGUCAGUCGGCUUUCACGAUCUGCAGGCUGCUGCGCAAGCUGGCGGACAAUGGUCAGACGAUCCUGUGCACGAUCCACCAGCCCUCGGCUCUGCUGUUCGAGACGUUUGACAGGCUGCUGCUGCUGGAACGUGGCGGCAAGACGGUCUACUCGGGACCGAUUGGUCGCGACGGCAAGCAUGUGAUCGAGUACUUUGCGGCACGCGGUGCGCAGUGCCCUCCCGGCGUCAACCCGGCAGAGUACAUGCUCGACGCGAUCGGAGCGGGAAGCCAGCCGCGCGUGGGCGACUACGACUGGGCGGACUGGUACCUCGAGUCGGACAUGCACCAGGACAACCUGCGCGAGAUCGAGGCGAUCAACCGCGAAGGUGCCGCGCUGCCCAAGCCCGAGGGUAGGGGUAGCGAGUAUGCUGCGCCGUGGUCGUACCAGUUCAAGGUGGUGCUGCGCAGGACGAUGCUGAGCACGUGGCGCCAGCCUGCGUACCAGUACACGCGAUUCUUCCAGCACCUAGCCUUUGCGCUGCUCACCGGUCUGCUCUUCCUGCAGCUGGGCAACAACGUGGCUGCGCUGCAGUACCGACUGUUCGUCAUCUUUAUGCUGGCGAUUAUUCCGGCGAUCAUCAUGGCGCAGAUCAUGCCGUUCUGGAUCAUGUCGCGCUCCAUCUGGAUCCGCGAGGAGACGAGCAAGACUUUUGCCGGCACCGUGUUUGCGGCGACGCAGCUCAUCUCCGAGGUGCCGUAUGCGCUGGUGUGCGGUACGGUGUUCUUUGUGCUGAUCUACUACCUGGCGGGCUUCAACACGGAUUCGGGACGAUCUGCGUACUUUUGGUUCAUGACGUUCCUGCUGGAGCUGUUCUCGAUUUCGAUUGGCACCAUGGUGGCGUCGUUCUCCAAGUCGGCCUACUUUGCGUCGCUGUUUGUGCCGUUUAUCAUUCUGGUGCUCAACCUGACGUGCGGUAUCCUGUCGCCUCCGCAGGCCAUGUCGAGCGGGCUGUACAGCAAGUUCCUGUACAACGUCAACCCGAUCCGCUUUACGAUCUCGCCGCUCAUCGCCAACGAGCUGUACGGGCUUUCGAUCCAGUGCGCUGCCAACGAGUUCAGCCGCUUCUCGCCUCCGAGUGGGCAGACGUGCGAGCAGUGGGCGGGCAACUACAUCUCCAGAAUUGGCGGGUAUCUGGCCAACCCCUCGGCGACGCAGGACUGCAUGUACUGCACCUACGCCACCGGCGAGCAGUUCUACGCUCCUUUCGGUAUCACGUGGGAAGAGCGCGGCCGCGACCUGGGCAUCUUGAUCGCGUUUGUGGCGUUCAACUGCGUCGCGACGAUCGUGUUCACCAAGGUGUUCAAGUUCAGCAACCGUUGA